AUGUCCGAGGUGGAAAAGGCCUUCCGUCGCUUUGCCACAUACGGAGAUGGAGCCUCCACUGGCAACAACAUGACGGGCAAGAACUUCUCCAAGAUGUUGAGGGAGUGUGGUGUCAUGGAUGGGAAGGCUGUGACCAGCAUAGAUGUGGACAUCGUCUUCAACAAAGUCAAGACCAAGGGGGCCUGCAACAUCAACUACAUCGAGUUCCAGCAAGCCGUUAAGGAGCUGAGCAGCAAGCGCUUCAAGGGGAAGAUCCCUGAGGAGGCUCUGCUAGCCACGUUCAAGUUGAUGGAGGGCAAAGAGCCAGCCAGUGCCGGAACAACAAAAUCUGUCCAUACCGGUGCAGUGGACAGACUGACAGACACCAGCAAAUAGACGGGCUCCAAGGAGCGCUUUGACGAAAGCGGCAAGGGCAAGGGGAUAGCUGGGCGCACAGACCUGCUCGAGAACAGUGGCUGCAUUGGGGCCUACAAGGGCUCUGGAACUUACGACAAGACCCACUAG